AACUUCAAACAACAAAACACUUCCAGACUUCAGGUUUUUAAAAUCAUGCUGUUAUGCAAAACCUGAGAUACAAUUAAGAUUUGUAUGACUGAAAGAUAAACUAGAGUAGGGAUAACUGUUCAUCAUGGAGACAUGUGUUCUGGGAAGGGAGGAGCUCCUUUUGCCUGAAGCGAUUAUUGAAAAUUUGGAUGUUUUGGAGGAAGUGGUCAGCCUAAAAACCUGGGAAAAAGUCCUCAACGAUGGCCAACGAAAACACCUGAUGAAAUUUCUCCCAACCUUUUCAAAAGGGACAACUGAUCAACGUGAAAAACAAGAAACAUUGAAGAGGUUGUUUACUGGGAAGAAUUUCAAGUUUGGGAAUCCCAUCCGACUCUUCCAUGGAAAUCUUAAAGAUGGGACGUACUCUCCAGAUAUUGCAAAAUAUACAGUAAUGUGCCGCAAAGCCAAGAUUAGAGACUAUAGACUACAGCAGCAGAGAUAUUAUUCUGAUCUCUUAAAGGAGGUCAUUGUCAAUAGGCAGCAUAUACUUGAACAAGUGUAUAAAAUGCCCCCAGAUGUUCCAAUAAAGGUGACAUGUCUCAAACCAACCCCAGCUGCUCAUGAACAUACAAUACAACACAGGGCAGAUAUGACAUUUGCAAGAGUGAUGAGGGAGGUCCAAGAUGAAUGUAAUAUACAAGAAGACUCUUCAGAUGAAGAUGAUGGAGAAUCUCAUUUAGACAGAUCCAGGAAAACACUGGUGCGAUCAUUACUCAACACUAAGCCCUCAGAAAAACAAACAACAAAUGUCCAGUCAACCUUUGCGAUCAGACCACUUACCAAUGGGGAAUCAUCAGUUGAUGCAGGAAGGGAUCGAGCUUACACUCCCCCAGUUCUGGAUGACAAUUACUUGAUUGAACAGUUACGGAACCAUAGGAAAAGACGUUUAGAGGGAGAGGAGGGACCUGACCUAGAAACCAGGGGUAUAACAAUUGAAGAUGUUAUUGCUCGUAUUCAGCCAGCUAAGAAGUCUAACAUUAAACCCUCUGCCUCUGUCUCACUAUUUGAAACUUCCCUGUCAAAAUCAAAGACAAAAACAAAACAACCAAAAAAGAAGAAGAUCAAAAUAAUCAAAGAUGAGCCUGAAGUACCGAUGGUAUCACUGCUUUCAACCAAUGAGAACCAGGCAUGGUACAACGAAAACAUCCCUAUGGAUAUUAAGGAAGAAACAUUGGAUGUAGGAAGUGAAUUUGCAACACAUACAUCUAUGGGAGAAGGCUUGUCUAAUGAGAAGAGCAGUUUCUUUACCCUGCUACGUGACACAAUAUGUGGGUUCCCAGAGGCAAAGGUCACCACCAUCAAGGUUGAGGAGAGUGUUAGAGAGUGGCAAGACAACCCUGCUAGCGUUGCUAAUGACUGGUAUAGUCUCCAUGACAACUGGACUGAACUUGUACAACCUGCAUUAAAGUUUCUCUCUGGGGAUGUCUUAGGCACAAGCAUCGAGAAUUUCAUCCCGUUCAUAGACUACAAGGAAAGAGCGCAGCAGUGGAAGUGGAUAGGUCAAGGUCGCGACCAUGAUGAUGAUAUGGACCAGUAUUUCCAUCGUUGGUUAGAGACCAAUCCUGAAGCAGGCCAAGAUGAAGCAGAUAACAGUGUGACUGCAGUACCUCCUGCAAGAAGUAAGACAUCGUACACUGUCCAACCAUCAUCCAGAGAGGAUAAACUCAUUUUUCAAGCCCAAGAAGUUAAAAGGUUCGACACUCCCCACAGAGCAUUUACCUACCGGGUACAUGGUUAUGACUGUGUAGUUGGACCAGUUAAAGGAGUAUAUGCAAAGGAGAGUAGCAUGACAAAGGCCAGGGAACAUGCAUUGUUAGUCAAGGAUAGACCUGCAUAUGUCACCAUACUUACCCUAGUUCGGGAUGCAGCAGCUAGGCUCCCUAAUGGUGAAGGUACUAGGGCUGAUAUUUGUGAACUUCUUAAAGACUCCAAGUUCCUGUCCUCCAUUGUGACCGAUUCCCAGAUAAAUACAGUUGUUAGUGGGGCCCUAGAUAGAUUACAUUAUGAGAAAGACCCUUGCGUGAAGUAUGAUGUCAAUAGAAAAGUCUGGAUAUAUCUCCAUAGGAACAGAUCUGAGGAUGAAUUUGAGCGUAUUCACCAAGCACAUGGAGCAUUUGCCAAAGCCAAGAAAUCUCUUCAGAAACCAAAAUUACCCAAGCAGAAAGCUGCCAAGGAAAGCCCAGUACCCCCUGGAUCACUGACCAUCACUCAGACUCCAAGGCCUGAAUCUGCCCUCAGUAGCGCAAGUAAUGACAGUAUCAAUAUAAUGGAUGUUGGGAGUCCAGUCAGAACUGCCCAAAGCCCAAAGUCCAUGAUGCUGGGUCAGAGUGCGAAGAUCCUCCAGAUGAGCCCAAGAGGGUCACAAGCAAGUCCCAAAGGCCAGAACCAUCCGAGUCCUAGAUCUGUAUCCAGUCUGACCAGCCCAGUGCUAAGUCCAAGCCAACUCUUGACUCAAACAGGUGUUGGAUCCCCACAAAGCAGUCCGAGACCAGUUGUACCAAGCACCACUCAAGCCAGUGCCCUUCUUACAUUAAUGAACCAGUCCACACCAAAAGGCAUGGCUGUCACAUUUGUACAGCCCCAGGGCACAACUGGUGGCAAAUCUAUCCCUAGUCCACAGCCAGGACUAACUGGUUCACAACCAGUUACAUUUAAUCUGGUUCAUUCACAACCAGCAAGGAAAGUAUCUGAAAUGUUGGAGGCAGUCAAAAAACAGCAGUUUCAGCAGCCUGGGAAAUCUAGCCCUCAGCAGCUUAGCCAAAUGAAGACUCAGUUGACCAGCCAAUCACCAUCAUCAAGUCCUGCACCCCAAAAUCUGAGACACGUCACACCUGCAACGAAGCCCACUGCAUCAAAGCUGGUACAACAAAUGUCCAAUCCACAGCAACAGCAGGUUCUCUCUAUGGGCAGUGUACUGGCUAGCACAAUAUCUGGAGCCCAGAAACAAGGAACAACAACAAUCAAAAUUCAAGGGGGUAUGAUGCAGCCCCUGCAGAAGUCUGUCACAGUUACAACAGGCACUGUUGACAAGGUUACGAGUCUCUCCUCCCCCUUGACUUCCACAGCUCUCACCCAGAUCUUACAGUCAGGCGGAAAACCAGCUAGCAUGGUGAAAAAAACUGUUGGAAAGCAGGGAAAAUUCCAAGGUCAGCCUCUGACGAUUUUAAGCGGUGGAAAACCAGUUUCUGCUGGAUCCCAGAAAAUACAGCUCGGAGGUCAACCUGUUGCUAUAGUUACCCAGACAGGUGAUCAGCCGGGCACACCAGUGUUAAUCAAUGGGAAACCGGCAAUGAUUGGUGGGAAACCAUUGGCGAUGAUUGGAGGAAAACCUGUGUUGAUAAGUGGAGGGAAACCUAUUCAACUGACUGGGAAACCGAUGAGUAUCCUACAGAGUCAGCAAAGUAGCAGCAGCCCACAAAGAGCUAGCCCCAGUACACCUGUCAGUCAACAGUCUCAGUUGUUAGCAGCUGCUUUAGCCCAGGGUCAGCCACAGCCAACAGCAAGUACCCAAGGUUUGACCAUUUCAAGCAGUGUGGUGAGUCAAAUCUUGCAACAGGCGACAUUAUCCCAGCAAAGUGCAACAACCAAAUCAUCACCAUCGACAAACCCCCAAGCAUCACAAGGCAAGGUACCUGGCCAAGUGAUACAGACAUCACAAGGAAAGGUCAUUGGACCAGGCCAGGUAUUGCAGACAUCACAAGGAAAGGUUGUGGUGACGCAAAUACCAGGCCAAGGAAAUGUCACUCUAAAGAGCACAGGGAACACCGCUCAAUCUGGGGGCCCAACCCAAUACUUUGUACAGAGUGGAACUGGAACUCAAGGGGGAACCACUAGAGUCAUGACGCCCCAGCAGUUUAUCGCAGGAGGUGGAAACCCCGUGCAAAUAAGUGGUAAACCAAUCCAAUUAGGAGGAAAGCCCAUUCAAAUUGGAGGAAAGCCUAUCCAGAUUGGUGGAAAGCCUAUCCAGAUUGGUGGCAAACCUAUUCAACUUGGAGGCAAGCCCAUUCAGAUUGGUGGCAAGCCUAUUCAGAUUGGAGGCAAGCCUAUCCAGAUUGGUGGCAAGCCAGGUCAGAAUGUUCAGUUUGUGAAGCGUGUUUUGACCCAGCCAGGUGGUAAGCCCUCUCAAACUAUUGUCUUGACGCAGCCGACAUAUUCCUCACCACAAAGAUCACCUGUAGUAACAUCUGCUGGUCAGCCAGGACUCUCAUCUCCAAAAAGACAACAACAAGUCGCUGAUCCAUCCACAAAGAAGAAAGUAGAACCAGCGUAUGCUAGAAUAAUUACACCGCCCCCAGGGAUGAAAUUCACUGGGGUGAGGCCUGGCCAUGGGACAACAACCCUAGGGGUGUGUGUGACCCAAGGACAAACAGGAACUCAAAUAGAGUCAUCACCUGCCAGCCAAGAUAGCUCAGAUUAAACAAUUACGAUCUAAGACAAUACGGAUUGUGAUACUGCAAUGUACUGCUUAUGAUAGAAAUCAAUAAUUAUAAUGGAUUAAUCUGUAAUAGUUUAAGCAGCAUGGACUUGCAGAUGACAUGAAAACAAAAUAAAUAAAUAAAUGAAAACAACAGGCAAAAUUAAUGGAAAUCAUAAAAACAUAAAGUUGAAAAGUCUCUAAAAACA